GAGGCAGUUAAAGAUAGAGAAGUGUAUUGGAGAUCAUAGAAAAUGUUACAGGUUGGGUUAUUAGCUUCAUUUCUCCUCUUCUUCCUUCUCCCAAUCUUUGUUUUCUUCUUCAUUAACACUCUCAGUAGCUUUCUGGGUAGUAAAAAAUCCUCUUCACAGUCUAAUAAACUACCCAGAUCUUACCCAUUGAUCGGUUCAUCAAUCGCCAUUUUUGUGAACGAGAAGCGGCGGAACCAAUGGAUCACAGAUGUUCUCAAACACUCCCCAACCAAAACCUUCGUUCUUCGUCGUGCUUUUGGUGAUUCAAGGAUCUUUACUGCUAACCCUUCUAAUGUCCAACACAUUCUCAAGACCCAAUUCUAUCUCUACCCCAAAGGUGGCUUCGUUCGCCAGAGUCUCUCAGAUUUCCUCGGUUCCGGCAUCCUCAAUGCCGACGGUGGUAACUGGAAAUUUCAGAGACAAAUCUCUAGCCAUGAAUUCAACACCAAAUCGCUUCGCAAAUUUGUCGAAUCUGUUGUUGAAUCCGAACUAUCAGAACGCCUGGUACCUAUCCUCUCAAAUGCCGCUGCUGAGAAGUCCGUUCUUGAUCUACAAGACAUUCUGCAAAGGUUUGCGUUCGACAAUAUCUGUAAAAUUGCUUUUGGGUUCGAUCCAGAGUACUUAUCACCUUCACUCCCAAAAGCUGAAUUCGCUGCCGCAUUUGAUGAGGCUGUACUGAUAAGCGGGAUACGGAUGAACUGCGCAUUCCCGGCUCUAUGGAAGCUGAAACGGGCACUGGGUAUAGGGCAUGAGAGACAGCUCCGAUUGGCAACCUCGCGAGUUCGUGGGUUUGCAGGGGAGGUUGUAAACGAAAAGAAACGUGAGCUUAAAGAAAGAUCUUCGUUAGAAACUUCAGAUCUCCUCUCGAGAAUCUUGUGUUCUGGGCAUUUGGAUGAGAAUUUUGUUACAGAUAUGGUGAUUAGCUUCAUUUUAGCCGGACGGGAUACUACAUCGGCGGCUUUAACUUGGUUUUUCUGGUUAAUUUCUGGGAAUUCUCGUGUAGAAGAUGAGAUAGUAAAGGAGAUAAGGGAGAAGCGAGAAGAACUUGAUUAUGAUGAAGUGAAGGACAUGGUGUAUACUCAUGCCGCCCUUUGCGAGAGCAUGCGUUUGUACCCACCAGUUCCAAGUGAUACCAAGGAGGCCGCAGGAGACGAUGUGUUACCAGAUGGAACCAUUGUGAAGAAAGGAAUGACAGUGAUUUAUCAUCCUUAUGCCAUGGGAAGGAUGGAGGAGGUUUGGGGAUCAGAUUGGUCGGAAUUUAAGCCGGAGAGGUGGCUGAUGAGAGAGGAAGAGGGAGGGAAAUGGAGUUUUGUAGGGAGGGAUCCAUAUACUUAUCCGGUGUUCCAAGCAGGGCCGAGGAUAUGUUUAGGGAAGGAUAUGGCGUUCUUGCAGAUGAAGAGGGUGGUCGCUGGUGUGUUGAGCCGGUUCAGGGUUGUGCCGGUGGUAGUGGAGGAGGGGUUUGAGCCGGUAUAUGUUUCUUACUUGACUUCCAAAAUGAAAGGUGGGUUUCCAGUGAAGAUGGAGGAAAAGGGAUAAGGUGGUGGACCACUUUCUGUGGACCACUCCCUCUUUUCCUCCAGACAUGGGGUUGCAGGUUGCAGGUUGCAGGUUGCAGGUUGCAGGUUGCCGUUACUUUUUUUCUCUCACUUUCUGUGGUUGUAGUUCAGUUAAGUUCGUUAAUUGUCUGAUUUUUCUUUUCCACUUGUGUUCCUUGACGUCAGGAGACCCGCUUGUACUGUGUCAGAGGUUACAAACAUAGGGGUAGAAAUCGUCUGAAAUUCUCAUCUUGUAUAAUUUUAUACAAUUUCACCCUAAAUGGUUGACACGUGUAAAUAUUCCAUA